AUGGAAAUUGUGAAUAAAUUUGUUGAAAAACAUGCAUCUGCUAGUUUUAAGAUUUGUCCAAACGAUGCUUUAACACAUCAAUUUAAUGAUAUGAUAAAGCAAUGUGAUGAGCAGAAUGUAAAUAGCAAACAUAGAAAGUCAAAUAAGAAAGCAAAGAAAGAGAAAUUGGCUAAUAUGUUGUGCAUGCUAAUGAAAAUGAAAGAGAUAGCAGAGCAAAAGGAAUUGCAGUGGUACUCUGAAAAGGCUCAGUUAAGGGGUGAGCUGGAUAGAGUUGAACAGGGAAUCACUGUGGCUAUUGCUAGCGCUGGUAAUGAUUGUUGUGAGUGUGAAGAUCUCAGAGAGGAAGUGGAUAGACUGGUUCAACAGAAUUGUGAUUUGGAGGAUGAAAUAGAGGAAUAUGAGGAAAGAUGUAGACUUAGAGAUCUGCAAAUUGCAUCUUUAGAAGAGAAAGAAGCAAGAAAUGAUGAUGUUGUAAAAGUACUUAAAGAUCGAUUGCAUGAUGUUAAUAAACAACUGAUUCAUAAACAACAUUGCAAUAUGAACUUGAGAUCACAGGAAGGUGCUAAUAAUCAUUGUUAUCGUAAAUGGGGGGAGGAGCAGCCUAUUUGCACUGCAGAUGGGCCACAAUCAACCCCAGAUCAUAGUUCCUCUCUAUUUACUCCUGUGUCAGAUGGAAGCAGACAAAGAAGAGAUAGUUUACAUAUUCAUGGUAGCGAUCGUAUCCAAUCCACAACACUCUCUAUACAGGAUAAAACAAACCUAUGCCAAAUAUUGGGGAAAUUUGAUACAAGUGCUUCACCCAUUAAUCUUUCCAACAGGCUGGAAGCUGUGGUUACGCAGUAUAAUCUCAGUAAUAGGGAUGCAUGUGCCUUGUUUAGGGUAUGGCUUCCAUCUCAGCUUUGUGAGAAGUUACAGCCUCCUGUGGGCACUCACAAAGGAUUAUCUGCAGAACUCAAUUCCAACUGGGGAAAUGCAAGUGAUAGGCUGAAAGAGUUGCAGAGAGUAAUGGGAGGAAGGGAUACUAGAGGUACCAAUGCCCUAGAGAAUGCAAAAUUAAGGAGAGGGGAUGACCCAAUCAUUUUCUGUAGUGAGUAUUUGACCCUAUUUCGUGCUACAUAUAACUGUCCUGACAUGCCUCCUGACGACAGCAGUUUUCUUUAUUCAAUGGCUAAUAAAUGCACAUUUGUUGACUACCCAACAAAGGUUGCCUUAAGGAACGCAAAUUCCUAUCAAGCCUUUGUAAAUAUUUUAAAGGACUGGAUUCAGGAGACUUGUAAUGACAACAAACCUCAGAAGAGAAUAUCAGAGAUAGUUAAGAAUGAAGGCAAAGUAAGAUUUAUGGGGAAGUGCUACAAAUGUGGAAAUACAGGUCAUACUAUGAGAGAAUGCAGAAGUAAUAGGAAAGGCAACAAUGACAGAGCUUUUUUUCCAAGAAAACAGCAGCAAAAGCAAGGAUUAGAUAAUGCAGCUGAUGGAGUAUCUCAGCCUCCUGAAGCUACAUUGUACGGUCCACUUUUGAAAGAAAUCAGAAGGAUAGGAAAAGCAAUAGCGGAGUUGCCAGAGGAAUUUAAGGCCCCACCACCAACAAAUCCUUAUGUAAAACCAUAG